AUGGGCAGGGGCAGCCAGGCUUUCUGCCGUCCUUCUAGAAACCGGCUCGCGCGGUUGGUGUGGUGUGGCAUGGUGUUGUGGGUGUUGCGUCGAGGGACGGGCUGCCGACGAGAUUGGGCUGCCGACGUCGACGGGCUGGCAUGGCUGCGAUGGAGGGUAGGGGCCGCUCGACGAGACCAUUGGGCGACGGCAACGGACGCAGGUAACAUCGCCCAAAAGGAGGAGGUGGCCGGUUCGUGUUGGCGAGCACUGCGUCUCUGGCGUGGCGUGGCAUCGCAUGGCAUCGCGUGGGCGUCGGAAAGCCAUGCGUGGCUUUGCCCGUCUCGACCAGUCUCAGGCACUCGUAGCCGCCAUUAUCACCGCGUCCUCUUCUUCAUCGACCGGCCGGGAUGGGUGGGGGUCACGGAAGGCGGAGGAUCCUCGCGUGCUGGGGCCCAGGGACGGGCCAAGCAAAAGGGAAUGGCUUGCGAUGGCGGCCGGAUGACGCUGAUGAUUCGCAUGGACGGUUGGCGUGGAGGGGGACGGACGAUGGCAUGGAUGGGUGAGGGAGCGAGCAAGGCGAGCCAAAAGGGACCCGGCCGGGCUGGCCUCAAUCAGGCACGAGGGGGGAGACACCAAUGGACGACCCCGGCAAGGCUGGCGCGCUAG